AUAACUUUAAGUAUGUCUCACGUGUGACGCUAAUGGCGCUUCACACGUAAAACGUAGUAUAAAACCUCCCCGGCGACGCAAACCCCGUACCUCUCUUCUGAAACUCGUAGACCGUCGGAGAUUUUGCCGUACGCCCUGUCGACCGCCAAGAUGAUGAAGCUUGUUGUCCUCGCUGUUGUUAUCUGCGCCGCCGCCGCCACCUCAUACAAGGGAGGCGACCGUUACUACGGCGAUUACGCUCCCCGUUCUGGCUACGGAUAUGGUGGCUACGCCCGCAGAGGCUACAACUACGGCUACGUCCCCAAGGCCCGCGGACGCCCAGAAGACUACAUCUCUAGCUGCAAUGGCAAAGCCUUCAGCACCACUUAUGAGGACUGCUGUGGUGGAGUUGUCUACGACAGACGUCACCAAGACUGCUGUGAUGGCUACCUCGUCAUCAACAAGCCAGACCAGUGUCCAAGCCUGAAGAACUACGGCUACGCCCACGAUGCCUCCUAUAACAGCUAUAAUGCUUAUAACAGCUACGAUGCCUCUUAUAGCGGCCACAAUGCUAAGGUCUAUUAAGCCAAAGUUCGGCUAUUGACUUAGAUAUUGACUUUUAGAAAUUUAGUCGGUGCGAUUUCAGGAUGAUAUUCCUGUAUGGAAAGCGAUCAGUUUGUGAUGGUUUCAUAAGUUGUUCGGUGAUUAAGGUACUUAAUAAAUGACUAGAAUACUGCGAGGAGUUUUUGUUGUUUUCUCCUUCGUUGUAUGGAUAUAUUUUGUUUAAUUUUGGGAAUACGAUCUUUCCAUAUAUAUGUUUUUUUAAUUAAAAAUUGUUGGGGACGGAAGUGAACAAAAUUCUUUUUGCAACUUAAACUUAUUUGUUUGAUAGGAAAAGUAAUCCCCUUACUGCAUAUUUUGAUGUGAACUUUUUGAAAACGGUAUUAAGAUAAAAAA